GAGGAGGAUUGUGCUCACAUCUCAUCCAGUCGAAGAUGGCAAACCUUGUGACGUCGUUGUGCUGUGUAGUCCUGGCUGCGGUGGUGGUGGCCUACGCUCAGAAACGCAGUCAGCUGGUCGGGAGGAUCCAGUAUGAGCGCAUGGGCAGCGACGUCACCAUGCAGUGCGGCUCCCUGGACAACGACGCCUCAGUGUCAUGGAAAGUAAACGGGACGGACAUUAAGGCACGGCACCGCCUAGAAGGUCCCAGACUGCUGCUGACCCAAGUGGACCUGGGCCACAACGGACUCUACAGCUGCUUCCAGAACCCACACGGAGAGAGACGCGACACCAUCAACCUCCGCAUCGGCACGGCCCCCAGGGAACCCACAGUCACCUGUCGGUCGAACACCUACCCAAAAGGUUUCUACUGCAGCUGGCACCAGCAGCACUCCACGUACAUCCCGACUGAGUUCGAAGUUGACGUACACCAUAACCAGCGUGCCUUGGAGGUGCAGAGAGACCCGGUCCAUAAGAACCGCUGUCAUGUACGUUUUCCUGAGGUCUUCUCCAGCUUCCCCUACAGGGUUAACGUCACAGCCAUCAACGAUCUGGGAAGAGCUUCAGCCGCCAUCUCCUUCGAAGAGUCCAAUAUAGUCAAACCGGACCCCCCUGAGCGUGUGGUGGCGACCCCGAUCCCUAACAACGUCCGAAGGCUGGAGGUAACCUGGAACAGCCCUUCUACCUGGCCUGAUGUAGACAACUUCCCUCUGAAAUACUUCCUUCGAUACCGGCCACUCAUCCGAGACCAAUGGCAACAUGUGGAGCUUUCUGAUAGCACCUCCCACACCAUCACUGAUGCCUAUGCUGGGAAGGAGUACAUAAUUCAGGUGGCUGCCAAGGACACAGAGAUCGGCACAUGGAGCGACUGGAGCGUUGCUGUCCACGCUACGCCCUGGAUUGAAGAGCCCAAGCAGAUCACCUCCACCACUGAAGCGGACCCUGUUAUCGAGACUAAGCCCUCCCCUGCACCUGCCUCCGUCGAGCCACAUUUGGGUGAGGCCCCGGCGGGCGGAGCUAACAGGCCCCUCUCCAUUUCAUCCACUUUGGUGCUGGGAGUGCUGCUGCUGCUGUUUAUGUGAUGUAAAUGUCUCAUUCCCAAGGGAGAGGAAGAGGAGUAGGAGGAGGAAGAGGAAGAGGAAGAGGAGGCUGUUCUUGUUUCUAUUUUGCACAUGUUUCAAGGAUACAGUGCAUUUAUCAUUACUGUCCAUCACAGUUACUCACUAAAAUUACUUAGAAAUAAAAUCAGACAAUGAUAAUGCGCUUUCAGCAUUUUUUGGUUAAAGGUGAACAUGAGAUUCUUCAGAGGAACUUUGCAGAACACGAAAGCGGCAUCAACAAGUACAGCCACGACAGCAGCAACAGCAGCAGCAGCAAAAGCAACGACAUCUACAGCAGCAGCAGUCUUAUAGCACCCCCCGGUGGCGCAAAUGGGCCACAGCAGACUGAUUUGUGUGGCAGACAACAGUUUGGUUUGGGAAUCGUUUCUUCAGAACAAGCAAAUCAACUCCUCCAGUGACAAAAGAA